AUGCUGCAGGGCGCCAGCGCUUCCGACGAUGGCAGGGGCGGCAGCCCCAGCUCCGGCGAGGACGCAGGCCGCCGGCCUCGCUUCCCGGGCGGCCUGCGGGGCAUGACGGGCGCUGCUGGCCCGCUGCUGGGCCGGCGCCCCGCAGGGGAGGACAGCACCUCCGAGGGCGACGGGCUCCACGAGGGCCCGGAAUGGCCCGCCGGCGCCCUCCGAGGUAGAGCGGUGAAGCGGGGCGCUAGCGCGGAGCGGGGCCGCUCCCAGAUCCCGUGCAGCCUUUCGCCGUCCCUCGCCGGGUGCUUCUGCCGCUGCCACUCGUCCACCCCCUCCCGGACCUACGGUUAA